CGGUACUUUAUCCUCACUGUGCCCUAUGUAGAAGUGAGUAGAACACGUUCUAUUUUAGGGGAUUAUCGUCAUCUCGUGUUUCCUCCUUAUCCUUUAAUCACUAGUCACAAUUCUAGUUCUUUUUUUACUCAUAAAUCACAAGGGAUCCCUAAAUCACAAUAACACAGAAAGGUAUGUUGGAUGAGGGAUUGAAAUUAGACAAAUGGGGCUAUGAAAUCAAGACCAAUUCGGGUUCCUGUCUUGCUGCUAUCAACUCCUAUAAUCACCAGGUCAUCAGUUACGGAAGAGAGAGAUGGGUGAUUUUGGAAGCUCCUAAGCACGACCCGUGUUGCGUUUUAGGUAACAUAUUAGCUGCACACUACCUUUGCUCUAGGGACCCUUCUCUUGCACCGCCGCUCAUCGAAGCUGCCAAGUCUAAUCUUGAGAAUGCUAGCUUGUAUGAGCGGUCUGUUUUCCAGGCUGUCAAUUGUUUGGUUUUGCCAAACAGAGACGAUGACUUGGCCCUUGAGUUACAUUCUCAGUUGCUAAGAGAUUUUCCAAAAGAUCUGGCAUCACUAAAGCGGGCUCAAGUGCUCUGCUUUUAUAUGGCAAGGCCUGACCUUUCUUUAGAACUUGUUCAGAAGGUCCUUCCAGAAAAUAAAGAAGAAAAUUACAUAUAUGGAAUGCUUGCAUUUCCAUUAUUAGAACUUGGUCUAUAUGAUGAUGCCGAGAAAGCUGCAAAGAAGGGAUUUGAGAUCAACAGUGAAGAUACUUGGACUCAACAUGCUUUAUGCCACGUUUAUCAGUACCAUUGUCAUUUUAAGGAAGCAGUGCAAUUAAUGGAGCAAUGCUCAAGUUCAUGGAUUACUUUGUCAUCUUUUAUGUAUACACAUAAUUGGUGGCAUGUUGCUGUUUGUUAUUUGGAAGGUCAUUCUUCCAUGGAAAGAGUUCGCGAAGUGUAUGACCUCCAUAUUUGGAAAGAGUUGGAAAGAAGUGAUGCUAUGCCUGGAGAAGUUUACUUGAAUGCAGCUGCUUUAUUACUAAGGGUUUAUCUUCGUGGUGCUAUUGAUGUCUUUGAUGACCGCUUAAAGAUAUUAGCGGAUCGCCUUACGGAUAAAAGGUUUUGGCAUCUUGAAUGGCACCUUGAUGUGUUGACACUUUGGGUCUUAGCUUGCACUGGAGAAGUAUCUAAGGCAGAGGAUUUACUUGAUGGUCUGAAGUCCAGACUGUCCAAAAUGAGCAACAAAAAGAAAGGACUAAUGCAGAGAGCAAUGCAGCUCGCAGAAGCUCUCUUUGUAUAUGGAAAGGGUGACAGCAAAGGAGCAUUAGAUUUGCUUGAACCCGAAUUUGAUGCGGUUAAUUAUAAGAUAAUUGGUGCGUCCGAUGAACAAGUUGACGUUUUUAAUGAACUUUGGAUCAUUCUAUUGCUGAACAAUGGACAAUCUAAAAGAGCAAUAGAAGCGAUUGAGAAGCAACUAAAGAAAAGGGAAGGAGUUGUUUCCUUGUGGCACCUUCUGGAACGAGGCUACAAGAUGAGUGGACGAAAGGAUGAUGCCAUAAGAGUGGAUGAAAGGGCCCGAACAUUGGGGACCACACACUUCAACUCUUAGUUGAUCUAUGCUUCUAUAUUUAACAAAAAAUAAAUAAAAAACUACCUCUUUAUUGUAAUAUAUUUCGGGACUUUAGUUGUGUAAACAUGAGUUAAAAUCCAAAUAAAAACAUGGGAUGAUAAUAAAUCAAUGCCUGGUUGGUUUAAAUUUGUGUACGAAAUGAUGAACCAAGAAAUAAAC